UAAAAUGAUAGCCUAUGCCACUCCUUAAAUUAUUAAAUCAAACGUGAAAGCAGACAGAAAUGAUGUUACCUUCAUUUUCCCUUUCUCCUAAAUCACUGCAUAAACACUGACUGCAGGACUCGUGCAUGUGCUGUUUAUGUGACAUGUCCAGUAUUUACUGAAAGUCACAACGCAGACUCACACGUGAAACAGCCAUUCACAGAUAUUAUUCAUCUGAGACAGGACACACACUCUUCACUUCACCUUCAUCUGUUCUGAAUUCACUCAAGCGAUGAGUGUGUGUGGUAACAGGAAGACGACUAUGACAGCAACACGGCGUCUGAAGCAGGAUUACCUCAGGAUAAGGAAAGAGCCCGUGCCUUACAUCUGUGCUGAACCUCUGCCAUCUAAUAUACUGGAAUGGCAUUUUGUUGUUCGUGGACCAGAGAAAACCCUUUAUGAGGGUGGCUACUAUCAUGGCAAAUUGAAAUUUCCUCAAGAAUUUCCUUUCAAGCCACCCAGUAUUUAUAUGCUAACCCCUAAUGGGAGAUUCAUGUGCGACACACGGCUGUGUCUGUCCAUUAGUGAUUUCCAUCCUGACACAUGGAAUCCGGCCUGGUCCGUCUCUACCAUACUCACCGCACUGCUGAGCUUCAUGGUGGAAAACAUUCCCACACUGGGAAGCAUAGAGACGUCUGACUUCACCAAAAGACAGCUGUCUGCGCAGAGCUUGGCCUACAACCUGAAGGACAGAGUUUUCUGUGAGCUGUUUCCUGAGGUUGUGGAGGAGAUCAAGGUGAAGCAAAGGACUCAGAAAGACUUCGGUGUUCCUCCUCAUACCGCUCAUGCGGCCCCUGCACGUCAUCAGCCAAAGCCAAACCUCAGAGGAGCACUUGCAAACCUGUGUGUUAUAGCUGGUCUGGUUGUCUGUGUCUACACAGUCAAGUUUGUGCUACAUCAUAUAGGCCAGGACUGAAAACAGACUGACGUGACCUGAAAGCUCUUUCUGAGGCAUCACUCUUCCUUUUAACCAAAGCGAACUUCUGUUCAGAACACUAAAAAAAACUUGACACAACCUU